GAACACAAAUGAUGAUAUUUUAACUUGAUUACCUCCCCCUCAGUUACUACCGUUUUACUUUUCAGAAAUAAUUUUUGGCAGCGAGAAAAGAUGUCUCACCAAAUCAGACUGCGGCUGCUGCCCAGUGUCAGGUGUUUGUUCGAUGAGCCCCUUCAGGUGAAGGUGUCUGGCUUGAGGUCAAAGCAGGUGAUCACCAUGAGAGCCAGAUCCACAGAUGAGACAGGAGUGUUGUUCAGCUCCUACGCCACCUACAGGGCUGAUGGUGACGGGAAGAUCGACCUGAACAGAGACUCCUCACUCAGCGGGAGCUACACUGGAGUUGAGCCCAUGGGUUUACUGAGUUCGUUAAAAGCAGACGCCUUCAAUAGAUACUUCAACAAGAACAGAGCGUUGAAACCUUUCACGGUGAACUUCUCUGUACACGAGGAGGAGGGCAGGAUGCUGGCAGAGGCGACCAAUGAGAGGUUUCUGAUGGCAGACGGGGUCGUCCGAGUUCCUGUCAAAGAGGGACAUCUUUCUGGAGCCCUAUUUAUCCCUCCAGGAGAAGGUCCAUUUCCUGCCGUGUUGGAUUUGUCCUCCUUCGUGUCUGAGAAAAGAGCCGCUCUGCUGGCCAACAAAGGCUUCAUCGUUCUGUCUGUGUCUGUGUUCAGUGACAAGCCUUACGAGGUCACAGAGAUGCACCUGGACCGUUUUGAAGAAGCUGUGCAUUACUUAAAUGGACUACCUCAGGUGGGCAGUAAAGGAGUUGGCGUCAUAUCAAGGUCAAAGGCAGCAGACAUUGCACUUUCACUUUCUGCGUUUGUGUCAGGAAUCAAAGCUGUGGUUUGGAUUAACGGCUGCUGUGCUAAUUCAGCUUAUCCACUCUACUAUAAGACAAAACUCAUUUUUCCUGGAUUAAUGUUCGAUCCCAAAAAAAUGAUUCCGACCAUUUCAGGGGCAGUCAUAUCCAAAUACUCCAUUCAGAACCAUCAAACAGAAGAGAACAGAGCCACCGUGAUCCCCAUUGAAAAGGCCAACAGUCAGUUCCUUUUCGUGGCCUCCGAGGACGACCUCAGCUGGGACAGCAAGGCCUACAUGGACGAGAUGGUGGAGAGACUGAAGCGUCAUGGGAAACAGAACUUUGAGACUGUGAGUUACCCUGGAGCGGGUCACUAUUUGGAGCCUCCUUAUGGACCGCACUGUCCCGCCAGCCCCCAUGCUGCUGCAAGACAGUCGGUCCUGUGGGGGGGUGAGCCCAGCACCCACAAUGUAGCUGAGGUCCACCUGUGGGAGAAGGUCCAGAAGUUCUUCAAGGCUCAUUUGAGCUGUGAUGCUGCUCAGUCUAAACCCAUGACAUAGAGUCAAACAAGAACAUUAAAAUAUUUU